AUGCUUUCAAUUUUGUUUUCACUCCAAUCGACACUACAAGAAUUUUCACUAAAUAUGGUCGACUAUGUUGAACAAUCAUCAAGUUUGUCAUCUGAAUUCCAGUUAUCAGAAAAGAUUCAAGUCAGCGAUGCUCGCUUUUUAGAUAGUGAGAUAAGAUUAUUAACGUGUCAGUUGAUUAGCGACGAUGAUUCUUGGUUAUUCAAACCCAUUUUGAAUGAAAGAUAUGACGAUACAUCGACGGAAGAUGUUAGUUUCUACAACGAAGACUCUUCACUGCUAUUAUCAGACGACGAAUGGGUUGGAAGUAGUUUAGCUACAUCAGAGUUGACACAAAUCAUAUGUCAAGAUAGUUAUCACCAUGAAAUGUUGGAUCAUGUUGUUGAUGAAUUAUUAGCUUACAUCGAGUUGAAUAGUGAUGUGGCGGCGGUUCUAGAUGAAUUAAUUGAUGCAAUCAAUGAAACUGGUGAAAUCGAACAUGUUUUAGCAGAAUUAGUAAUUCGAAUCGGCGAAAAUGACGAUGAACUGGAUUGUGUUCGUGGAACAUUCAACUGUUCUUUAUCAUUUGUUGGCGAUACGACAUUUAUGGACGAGGACGUAAAACUGUAUCCAUUACACAAUAGCAGUAGUUUGGAGCAGUCUAAUGAUGAUAAUGAAAGACGAGUGAUGGAAAUGAAAAUAGCUGAAUUAGAUAGACGAAUCAAAGAACUGGAGUUUGAACUUGAUCAUCAACAAGAAGAAAAAGAGAAAGAUUCUAGUCCUAUAUGUGUGACAGAAGUUUUUUACAACAGCGAUGUUUAUAUUGUUAUUGAUAUUGCUUAA